CUUGGUUGUCACCAUUGUUCAUUGCAUGAGACCAUCAUGGCUCCAGCAGAACGGGUAGCUGUCCCAAUUCAAGUGCUGACUAGCACCCCUCUAAGCCUGUGGAUGCUCAUCGGCACCAUCUUCGGGAAUGUUACUUCUCUGCUUCUUUGGUUUCAGUCACUCUGCGGUCCUCAACGGUCCAAAUCCUCCCCCAUACCAGGAAAACAGCCCACGACUUUCACAACCUCCCGUAAUAUGAGCUUGUCUCCUACUUGCUCUACUUUAAUCGCCCCUGCGAGCAACCAAAUGCCAUUAUCAAAGACCUGGAAGAAUCAGUAACGAGCUCUUGAAGUUCGUGACUAUCUUACCAUCCAAUCCGGGAGUGUAAAAGUUCCGCUGUCAAGAGCCUUGAACUCGACCGUUACUUUGCUUUCCAACUUUAGUGUGAACUGGAAGAAAAGAAAGAGAACUG